UCCAACCGUACAUCAGUUCAGUGUUGAUAACUAAGAGCGUCUGAUCGCUUGUGAACUUUCUGGUGCUGAUACAAAUUACUUGAAUCCUUCAAACCUAACGGUUGAAUUCUGUGAAAAAUAUCCAAAUUUUUUUUCAAAUAAAAAAUUGUUAAGCAAUAAAUCCGAAGCCAUGGUUGAUGCUGCUGUUUUGGAAAAAUUGGAAGCUGGUUUCACCAAGCUCGCAAGCUCUGAUUCAAAAUCAUUGUUGAAGAAGCACUUGACGCGCGAAGUCUUUGACAAGCUCAAGAACAAGAAGACUUCCUUCGGAUCAACUUUGUUGGACUGCAUUCAAUCCGGUAUUGAAAACUUGGACUCUGGAUUUGGUAUCUAUGCUCCAGAUGCUGAAGCCUACACUGUCUUUGCCGACAUUUUCGAUCCAAUGAUCGAAGACUACCAUGGUGGUUUUGGCAAAGAUGCCAAGCAUCCACCACGUGAUUUCGGCGAUGUCAGCUCCUUCGUCAACGUUGACCCAACUGGUGAAUAUGUUGUAUCAACUCGUGUACGUUGCGGUCGUUCAAUGGAAGGUUAUCCAUUCAACCCAUGCUUGACCGAAGCCCAAUACAAAGAAAUGGAAGAGAAGGUCAGCUCAACAUUGAGCGCUUUGGAUGGUGAAUUGAAAGGCAAAUUUUAUCCAUUGACUGGCAUGGAUAAGGCCGUUCAACAACAAUUGAUCGAUGACCAUUUCUUGUUCAAGGAGGGUGAUCGCUUCUUGCAAGCUGCAAAUGCAUGCCGUUUCUGGCCAACUGGUCGUGGUAUUUAUCACAAUGAUAACAAAACCUUUUUGGUUUGGUGCAAUGAAGAAGAUCAUUUGCGAAUCAUUUCCAUGCAAAAAGGUGGUGACUUGGGCGAAGUUUAUCGUCGUUUGGUAACUGCUGUUAACGAAAUUGAAAAACGUGUCCCAUUCUCACACAACGAUCGUCUUGGUUUCCUUACUUUCUGUCCAACCAAUUUGGGAACAACCAUCCGUGCUUCAGUGCACAUUAAAGUGCCAAAAUUGGCUAAGGACUACGCCAAGUUGGAAGAAGUUGCCGGAAAAUACAACUUGCAAGUUCGUGGUACAUCUGGUGAACACUCUGAAUCAAUUGGAGGAAUCUACGAUAUCUCCAACAAACGCCGUUUGGGAUUGACUGAAUACCAAGCAGUCAAGGAGAUGUCAGACGGUAUCACCGAGCUCAUCAAAAUUGAAAAGAGCUUGUAAAUGGCUUAGGAUCUACAAUGCAAGCAUCCAAGAUUAAAAUUGUUUCAUUUUCAACAACAAAAUAAUCAAUGAUCGGCAAUAAAUUUAUUGGAACUAAUAAAUGUUCAACAAAAAAAAACACAAAACUGCUUUUUGAACAUCAUAUUAAUUUAUGCUGAAAUCUAUCUAAAUCAUGAUAAAACCAAAAAAAAACUUACUUGUAAAACUAAAAUCAAAAUUUUGAUGUAAAAUGUAA